AUGCCUAAGCAUGGAAUACUAAGUUGUUUGGGCGGAGGUGCUCUCUACCUUCUUGGCUGGUUCUGUGACAGAUUGGUGGUCGCAAUUCGGGGAAAAGUUUUCUCGGAAACUCCCAUCAACUGUGAAAUUAGUGGUUUACAAGGUGUAGUUGUGGAGCAAAGGGAUUCUGAUCAUAAUUGCCAAUUGGUCACAGAAAGUGGUAAGAAGUUCUCCGUGAGACUUCCGGAGCUGGACGGAACAACUUGCCUUGCAUCGAACCAAGGAUGGCUUCUUUUGUUCAAGAAACAAGGUCUUGAAGGUGAAGCUGUUGGUAAUUGUGGUGGCUCUUCAUCACUGUUCUUCUUUCGGCCCUUCUCCAAAACAAAAAUAGACCUUCCGGGAUGCCCUUUCUUGGAGCUCUCUGAUCAUGUUGCAGCAUUUUCGUGUGUUCCAACUUCCCGGGAUUGCACAGUUUCUGUCAUAAACCGCGUCAAUGAUUAUGAACCGAAGCUACAUUUACUUCGCCGCGGAGCCAAGGAAUGGUUCCAAUAUGACAUUCCUUGUUCAGGUUUCAGUACAAUCAAUUGCGCUGUUUACCACACUCAAAAACAAGAAUUGUACUUUUUCGACCGUAGAGACUGUGUGCUCAUUAUCGUAUCUACUAUUUCAUAA